AUGCCUGACAAAUACUCGAUUAUUUUGCCAACGUAUAACGAGAAGAAAAACUUGCCCAUUCUUGUAUACCUUAUAAACAAAACCUUCACGGAGGAAGAAUUGGACUGGGAAGUUGUCAUUGUCGACGAUAACAGUCCUGAUGGAACUCAAAAGGUGGCUGAGAAGUUGAUCGACAUCUUCGGUCCCGAGCACAUCCAGUUGAGACCAAGACCGGGCAAAUUGGGUCUAGGUACUGCUUACGUGCAUGGUUUGCAAUACGUGUCCGGUAACUUUGUGAUCAUCAUGGACGCUGAUUUCUCGCAUCACCCAGAGGCUAUUCCAAAAUUCGUUGCCAAGCAGAAAGAAGGCAACUACGAUAUUGUUACAGGUACACGUUAUGCUGGUGACGGUGGAGUGUACGGCUGGGACUUGAAGAGAAAGUUGGUUUCCAGAGGUGCCAACUUCUUGGCCUCGACUGUCUUGAGACCACACGUCUCCGACUUGACUGGAUCGUUCAGAUUGUACAAGAAGGACGUUUUGUCCAAGGUUAUCAAUGAGACAAAGUCGAAGGGCUAUGUUUUCCAGAUGGAGAUGAUGGUGAGAGCCAAGGCUUUGGGCUUCCAGGUGGGCGAGGUACCUAUCAACUUUGUCGACAGAUUGUACGGUGAGUCUAAGUUGGGUGGUGACGAGAUUGUUCAGUACUUGAAGGGCGUUUGGUCGUUGUUUGUCAGCGUGUAA